AUGAACUAUGAAGCCCUUUCUUACACCUGGGGCGUAGAAAUUCUAAGCGAAAUUCUAAUUGUCAACGACAGCACUUACAUCGAAAUUACUCCCAAUCUGGCUUCAUUCCUUCGGCAUCGACGUGAGACCGAAGAUGAGGUGAUCCUGUGGGUAGAUGCGGUUUGCAUCAAUCAGCAGGACAUUACAGAACGAAACAUUCAAGUCCCCAUCAUGAAUCUCAUCUACUACAAAUGUAAUGCUGUCAAUGUCUGGCUUGGGGAGGAAAGCGACGACAGUGAUUUUGCCAUUGGGGAACUUGCAGCGCUCGGGAGCAGCCCUCCAUACACGAGCAUGCCCCGCCUCACUCAAAAGAUGUGCGACGCGAUGGAAAGCCUAUUUAGAAGGGCUUGGUGGAAUCGGGUGUGGAUUGUACAGGAAAUAUGCUGGGGCGGCGGCGGAACAGGCAAGAUGACGAGUUCGAACUCGGUGACACUCCGCUGUGGAAGUCGAUUGAUCCCGUGGAAUCAGCUAGUCGUGGCCUGUGCAAGGAUCAAGAUUGACGUGUCCCUGCGUCGUCAAAGUAUUGUUGGAUCUGACAAGGUUCUACAUCUGGAUUAUGUGCGCUGGAGCUCCAGUCGGCUUCGGCUCAAAAGUCGCGAAGACCGAGGCCACGAAAGGGACGUCUUGAGAUGGGUCGUGGAAUAUCGUCAUUUCAACGCAACCGACCCUCGAGACAAGAUCUUUGCUAUCUUGGGGUUGACAAUGAGACCCACCGACAAGAUCCUUCAAGGGUUCGUUGUUGACUACAAAGAAACUGUGGAAAACAUUUACACCGACUUCGCUGUCAAGAUGAUAAAACGUUUACCAGGCCUGGAGAUUUUGAGACAAUGCAUUGGAGGUGCAAACGACGAGGAGACCCGGAAGGGCUUUGAUUUGCCAUCCUGGGUCCCAGACUGGUCCUGUCAACGUUACGACGUACCUUUGCCAAAGCGCAAUGCAGAAGGUCACGACAGCAUUCCCUGGUGGGCGGUACCACCGUUGACCUCAGAGAAAGACGGCGUGGUCAAGAUGAUGUUCCCAAUGACAUACGAGGAAGUCGAGAAGCAGGUUCAAGAAGUAUUGGAAGGGCGAAAGGUGUUCAAUGAUCCUCAACAGUGGAUCAAGUAUUACCCCCGUGAAAUGGUGGAUGAGCUCCAAAGCAUGGUUAACACUGGCAAGCUCUUGUUUGCAGGUAUUCAUGACGAGCACUACAUCGACCCGAACGCCGACCUCAACAUGCACCAAAUGAUUGAACACGCUGCCAAAGCAAACGAGAAACUCGCUCAAUACUCAUUUGUCCGCAAUUGGCUAGACGAAGACCGAUCAAAGAGGCCUGCGUACGCCGCUGGUAUUGGCCCCAAAAGCACCCUUGUCGUGGAUGAAGACAAGCGGUUGGUACACGUGGAGGGAAUAGUUUGGGAUGAAAUUGACAUUUUACACGCACCUUUUCCGGAAGACUUGGAUUCAAACUGGGAGAAGUCAACAGAGUUCAUCGUUGCUGCUGGGCAAUGCAAGCAGAUGGCUCUAGAGUCCCGACGGGUUAGCUCUCCGUAUCCCUCCAAAGAGGCUGAACACGCAGCAUUCUGGGACACUCUUGUUGUGGGACAGGAGGUGGAAUCGAUCAGCAAUUUCGAAAGUUGCCUUCCUAAAGUUCCCAAGACAUGGAUAACAACGCAGGCGCCUCUUACGUUCCGAAAUCCAAAGCAAGCAGAACAAGCAGAACGUCAAGACUUGCUCAACACUCGAACUAAAGAGCUGAAAGAUAUUCUAGGAGGGCCUGUUGUCCUUGACGACCUUCCGCCUUUGGUCUCAUCAGACGAAGAACUACAGGAGCUCAAGACUAGCUUCCAAAAGCUGGCAAACCUGUGGAGUCUGCAGCCGUAUGACCUCUACCACCGCCCUUUCAGCCUCCCCAGCGUUGUGCCAGAUCCGUUUUGGGAAAGCCGCUGCCAAUUCGACGAAAAGGCUCUGGAAGAAAGCGCAAGAUCUCGCCGUUACAAGUGGGAAAACGGCUUGCAUACACCGAAUCGGAAACAAAGUGAUCGGCUGCAGAAACUAGCUUUCGAGGUUUAUGGAGAAAUGCCUUCGAUCAUACCUCAAUUACAAAAUGAAGAAGCCGACUUUCGGUUAGAGAAAUACGCACUCGGCCGGCGGUUCUUCAUCACUAAAAAGGGGUACAUGGGCCUUGCGCCAAUCGGGGCGCAAAUUGGUGACAAUGUCGUCGUUCUGUUCGGUUCUCACGUGCCAUUCAUAUUGAGAGGCCGAGAAACAGGUCACUAUGAGGUUGUGGGCGAGACAUAUGUGUCCGGAAUCAUGAAAGGGGAAGUGCUGAAGGACUUUGAUGAAGGAAAUUGUGUGGCAAAGGGGUGUGUAUUAGCCUGA